AUGGCAGAGAACGACUCGAAAUCAAGUGUUGAAUUGGCGACAAAAUUUGUACAACUCGGAAGAGCUAGAGACAAAACAGAAACGUUGUUACAAUCUGCAAAAGAGAGUGCUAUCAAGAGACAUGUCGAGACAUUGAAAGAGAUAAUAAACGAAGUCAAUAAACUGGUACGAACGAUCGAAGCAGAGAAAAUUACAGCUAAGGAAAACAGCGACGAGAUUGACACAUGGAUCGGUGAAAUAGAGCGAGAAAUUAAACGAGGGCGACGAGAAAAUUACUAUUUUAGAACAGUGGUUGAACGAAACGCGAGAGAAACGUGA